CCCGUCUCCAGACUUCGCUGCGGGACGCAUGAAAACCAGGCGAGCCAGCUGGCCAGAAAACUCCAAAAAACAGACAAAUAAUUCAAAUUACCAGCUUUUCAUACCAAGAAGUCCCGUUUUGCCGAGGCCAUCGCCGGAGCAGAGCCCGUCCGGCCCGACAUGUCCGUCUUAACGCAGCUGGGCCUGCUGCUGUGGAAGAACUUCACCUACAGACGGAGACAGACGCUUCAGCUCCUGGUCGAGGUCCUGUGGCCGCUCUUCAUCUUCUUCAUCCUGAUCGCCGUGAGGCUCAACUACCCGCCGUACGAGCAGCAUGAAUGUCACUUCCCCAACAAGGCCAUGCCCUCGGCCGGCACGCUGCCCUGGAUCCAGGGGAUCAUCUGCAACGCCAACAACCCGUGCUUCCGCAGCCCGACGCCGGGCGAGUCGCCGGGCGUCGUCGGCAACUUCAACGACUCCAUAAUUUCUCGGCUCUUCUCGGACGCCAAGAAGAUCCUGCUGUACAGCCAGAACGACAAGAACCUGGAGGGCUUCAAGGACCUGGUUCAGGCCCUGCAGACCCUGCAGGCCACCAGAGCGGGCUUCAAGUUGAAGGACUUCCUGCACGACAACGAGACGCUGUCCUCCUUCCUCCUGCAGAACGUGUCGCUGCCCGAGAACGCCGUGCGCCGCAUCGUGGAGGCCGACGUGAACCUGGAGCGGGUGCUUCUCAGAGGUUUCGGCGUCCACCUGAGGAACAUGUGUCCCAGGAAGGGAGGCGCCCACAGCCUGGAGGACUUCGUCAACAUCUCGGACCCUCAGGUGUCCCUCCUGGUGCAGGAGCUCAUCUGCCAGGCUCCGCCCACCUGGCUCGACCGCGCCGAGAAAACCUUCCUGAGCAACCUGGACUUCUUCAGGCCCAUCCGGAGGGACGUGAAGUCCGACCCCGACGCCGUCAAACAGGUCGCCAAGGCCACCGACAACCUGCUGGACAGUCUGGGCCUGCUCGCCGUCGAGCUGGCCAGCAUGAAGAGCUGGAGCGACCUGAGGAACGAGAUCAUCUUCCUGAUGGAGAACGCCACGUCGUCGCCCAGCUCCAUGUACCAGGCCGUGUCGCGCAUCGUGUGCGGCCACCCGGAGGGCGGCGGCCUGCAGAUCAAAUCCCUCAACUGGUACGAGGACAGCAACUACAAGGCGCUGUUCGGGAACCACAACAGCAGCGACGACGAGGCCGCCAGCGCCUACGACAACUCCUCCACUCCGUACUGUAACAACCUGAUGAAGAGCAUGGACUCCAACCCGAUGUCCCGGAUGAUCUGGCAGGCGCUGAAGCCGCUGCUCAUGGGAAAGAUCCUGUACACGCCACACACACCGGCCACGCAGAGGAUCAUCCACGAGGUGAAUCGGACGUUCCAGGAGCUCGGUGUGUUCAGGGACCUUGGCGGCAUGUGGGAGGAGAUGAGACCCAAAGUGUGGAACUUCAUGGAGAACAGCGAGCAGAUGGACCUGAUCAGGACUCUGCUGAAGAACAACGCCACCGCCAGCGUCUUCCACUCGCAGCUCGCCGGCACCGACUGGACGGUGGCGGACGUCUCCAGCUUCCUGUCCAAGAAGUCGGAGGACCAGCGUCCGCCGGGCAGCGCCAUCACCUGGCGAGAAGUCUUCAACGAGACCGACCAGGCCAUCAUGAGCAUCUCGCGCUUCAUGGAGUGUGUGAACCUGGACAAGCUGGAGCCGGUGUCCAGCGAGGAGCGGCUGGUGAACCAGUCUCUGGCUCUGCUGGACGACAGGAAGUUCUGGGCGGGAAUCGUCUUCUCCGACGUCGCCGCCAACGACUCGGAGCUGCCGCCCAAACUCAACUACAAGAUCCGCAUGGACAUCGACAACGUGGAGCGCACCAACAAGAUCAAAGACGCGUACUGGGACCCGGGUCCUCGUGCCGACCCGUUCGAGGACAUGAGGUACAUUUGGGGCGGCUUCUCCUACCUGCAGGACGUCAUCGAGCACGGCAUCAUGAGGGCGGUGACGGGCAGCAAGGAGAAGACGGGCGUGUACAUCCAGCAGAUGCCGUAUCCCUGCUACGUGGACGACAUCUUCCUGCGCGUGAUGAGCCGCUCCAUGCCUCUGUUCAUGACGCUCGCCUGGAUGUACUCGGUCGCCAUCAUCAUCAAGAGCGUGGUGUACGAGAAGGAGGCGCGGCUCAAGGAGACCAUGAGGAUCAUGGGAUUGGACAACGGCAUCCUGUGGUUCAGCUGGUUCAUCAGCAGCCUGAUCCCCCUGCUGAUGAGCGCCGGCCUGCUGGUGCUGCUGCUCAAGAAGGGGAACCUGCUGCCGUACAGCGACCCCGGCGUGGUCUUCCUGUUCCUGGGCUCCUUCGGCGUGGUGACCAUCAUGCAGUGCUUCCUCAUCAGCACGGCGUUCGCCCGCGCCAACCUGGCCGCCGCCUGCGGAGGGAUCAUCUACUUCACGCUGUACCUGCCCUACGUGCUCUGCGUCGCCUGGCAGGACUACAUCGGCUUCGGAGCCAAAGUCUUCGCCAGCCUCCUGUCUCCUGUGGCGUUCGGGUUCGGCUGCGAGUACUUUGCGCUGUUCGAGGAGCAGGGCGUGGGCAUCCAGUGGAAGAACCUGGUGUCCAGCCCGCUGGAGGAGGACGACUUCAGCCUCACCACCGCCCUCAUCAUGAUGUACUUCGACUCCUUCCUGUACGGCGUGCUGACCUGGUACAUCGAGGCCGUCUUCCCCGGUCAGUACGGGAUCCCGCGGCCCUGGUACUUCCCCUUCACCAAGUCCUACUGGUUAGGAGAGAGAGCGAGCCAGACGAGCAAGCUGCCUCAGAGCCGCAAAGGAAACCCCGGAGCUGUGUGCAUGGAGGAGGAGCCGGCCCACCUGGAGCCAGGUGUUUACAUCGAGAACCUGGUGAAGGUUUACCGUCACGGGAAGAAGCUGGCGGUGGACGGGCUGACGCUCGGCUUCUACCAGGGACAGAUCACGUCCUUCCUGGGACACAACGGAGCCGGAAAAACCACCACCAUGUCCAUCCUGACCGGCCUGUUCCCCCCCACCUCCGGGACGGCCUACAUCCUGGGCAAGGACAUCCGUUCGGAGCUGAGCGCCAUCCGGCAGAGUCUGGGCGUCUGUCCGCAACACAACGUCCUCUUCAGCAUGCUGACGGUGGAGGAGCACAUCUGGUUCUACGCGCGGCUGAAGGGCCUGUCGGAGGAGCAGGUGAAGGGCGAGAUCGAGCAGAUCCUGCAGGACACCGGCCUGCCGCACAAGCGCCGCUCCAGGACCAGCACGCUGUCCGGCGGCAUGCAGAGGAAGCUGUCGGUGGCGCUCGCCUUCGUCGGAGGGUCAAAGGUCGUGAUCCUGGACGAGCCCACGGCCGGCGUCGACCCGUACGCUCGCCGAGGGAUCUGGGAUCUGCUGCUGAACUACAGGCAGGGUCGCACCAUCAUCCUGUCCACACACCACAUGGACGAGGCCGACAUCCUGGGCGACCGCAUCGCCAUCAUCUCCCACGGGAAGCUGUGCUGCGUCGGCUCCUCGCUCUUCCUGAAGAACCAGCUGGGCACCGGGUACUACCUGACGCUGGUGAAGAAGGAGCCCGAGCCGUCGCUCAGCUCCUGCAGGAACUCCUCCAGCACCGUCUCCUUCACCAAGAAGGAGGAGGAGUGCGGCUCGGUCAGCAGCUCUGAUGCCGGACUGGGCAGCGAGAAUGAAAGUGAGGCUGCCACCAUCGAGAACGGCCCGGCGGCGUCCAUCAUGUGCGACGUCCCCUGUGUCCACCCCGACGUGUCUCUGAUCUCCAGCCUGAUCCUGCGCCACGUCCCGGCCGCCCGCCUGGUGGAGGACCUGGGCCACGAGCUCACCUACGUCCUGCCCUACAGCGCCGCCAAGGACGGAGCCUUCGUCCAGCUGUUCAAGGACCUGGACGACAAGCUGGCCGACCUGGGCAUCUCCAGCUACGGCGUCUCCGACACCACGCUGGAGGAGAUUUUCCUGAAAGUGGCUGAAGACAACGGAGUCGACACUGAAGUUCCCUCAGACGGCACCCUACCAGUGCGGCGGCGGCGGCGUACUCACGCCUUCGGUGGCGACCAUCAGAGCUGCCUGCGCCCGCUGACCGAGGACGACAACAACGACACCAACGACUCGGAGGGAGACCCAGAGUCCCGGGAGACGGACUGGCUCAACUGUGUGGACGGGAAAGGCUCGUCUCAGGUGAAGGGCUGGAGUCUGAAGAGGCAGCAGUUCAUCGCCCUGAUGUGGAAACGCUUCCUGUACGCCCGCCGCUCCAGGAAAGGCUUCUUCGCUCAGAUCGUUCUUCCUGCCGUGUUCGUGUGCAUCGCUCUGGUCUUCAGUCUCAUCGUUCCUCCGUUCGGAAAAUAUCCGAGUCUGGAGCUGCAGCCCUGGAUGUACGAGGAGCAGGUCACCUUCUUUAGCGACGACGCUCCAGGCGACGCCAACAUGCAGAAGCUGUUGAAUUCCCUCGUGGACUUCCCCGGCUUCGGGACUCGCUGCAUGGAGGGACACAGCAUCCCAGACGCCCCCUGUACGAUGGGAGAUGAGGAUUGGUCGAUUCCCGAGAUUCCUGAGAGCGUGCAGCAGCUCUUCAGCAGCGGGAACUGGACCAUGGACGAUCCGUCUCCCGCCUGCUUCUGCAGCUGCGACGGCAAGAAGAAGAUGCUGCCCGACUGUCCCGCCGGAGCCGGAGGCCUGCCGCCGCCUGAGAUGAGGCUGAGCGAGACGGACACACUGCAGAACCUGACAGGGAGAAACAUCUCCGACUACCUGGUGAAGACGUACGCACAGAUCAUCGGCAAGAGUUUGAAGAACAAAGUCUGGGUGAACGAGUUCAGGUACGGCGGCUUCUCGUUGGGCGCCAGGAGCACUCAGGUCCUCCCGCCGGCCAAUGAGAUCGACGACGCCAUCGAGCGAGUCAGGAAGAUCUUUAAACUGCAGAAGGGUGCAGCUGCCGAUCGCUUCCUGGACAGCCUGUCGGGCUUCAUCAACGGCCUGGACACCAAGAACAACGUCAAGAUCUGGUUCAACAACAAGGGCUGGCACAGCAUCGGCGCCUUCAUCAACGUCAUGAACAACGCCAUCCUCCGCGCCAACCUGCCCGAGGGCAAAGACCCCAGCAAGUACGGCAUCAGCGUCUUCAACCACCCGCUGAACCUGACCAAGGAGCAGCUGAGCCAGGUGGCGCUGGUCACGACCUCCGUGGACGUCCUGGUGUCCAUCUGCGUCAUCUUCGCCAUGUCCUUCGUCCCGGCCAGCUUCGUGGUCUUCCUCAUCCAGGAGAGAGUCAGCAAGGCCAAGCACAUGCAGUUCAUCAGCGGAGUUCAGCCGCUGCUCUACUGGGUGGCCAACUUCAUCUGGGACAUGUGUAACUAUGUCGUCCCGGCAACGCUGGUCAUCCUCAUCUUCGUGUGUUUCCAACAAAAAGCGUACGUCUCCUCCACCAACCUGCCGGCGCUGGCUCUGCUGCUGCUGCUCUACGGCUGGUCCAUCACGCCGCUCAUGUACCCGGCCUCCUUCUUCUUCACCAUCCCCAGCACGGCCUACGUCGUCCUCACCAGCGUCAACAUCCUCAUCGGCAUCAACGGGAGCAUCUCCACCUUCGUCAUGGAGCUCUUCGGAAACAACGAGAUCGGUGGCAUCAAUGACAUCCUGAAGAACGUUCUGCUCAUCUUCCCUCACUUCUGCCUCGGCCGCGGCCUCAUCGACAUGGUGAAGAACCAGGCCAUGGCCGACGCGCUGGAGAGAUUCGGGGAGAACCGGUUCCGCUCCCCUCUAGAGUGGGACAUGGUGGGGAAGAACCUGUUCGCCAUGGCGGUGGAGGGCGUCAUCUUCUUCAUCAUCACCAUCCUCAUCCAGUACCGCUUCUGCAUCAAGCCCAAGCCGGUCAGUAAACUCACCAAGCUGAGUCCCAUCGGCGAGGAGGACGAGGACGUGGCCCGGGAGAGGCAGAGGAUCGUGCACGGCCUCGGCCAUGGAGAUAUCCUGGAGCUGAGGCAGCUCACCAAGGUAUUCAAGAGGAAGCAGAAGCCAGCGGUGGAUCGGCUCUGCGUUGGAAUCCCCCCCGGCGAGUGCUUCGGGCUGCUCGGCGUUAACGGAGCAGGAAAAACGACCACCUUCAAAAUGCUGACAGGCGACACUGUGGUGACGAGCGGCGAGGCUUUCCUGGCUGGGAAGAGCAUCCUCAGGGAGAUCGACGAGGUGCAUCAGAACAUGGGUUACUGUCCUCAGUUUGACGCCAUCAACGACCUGCUGACCGGCCGCGAGCACCUGGAGUUCUACGCCAUCCUGCGCGGCGUUCCCGAGAAGGAAGUCUGCGACGUGGCGGAGUGGGGCAUCAGGAAGUUGGGUCUGGUGAAGUACGUGGACAAGCGAGCAGGAAGUUACAGCGGAGGGAACAUGAGGAAGCUGUCCACCGCCAUGGCUCUGAUCGGAGGACCGCCCGUCGUCUUCCUGGACGAGCCCACCACGGGUAUGGACCCCAAGGCCCGCCGCGCGCUCUGGACCUGCAUCCACAGCGUCAUCAAGGAGGGCCGCUCCGUGGUGCUCACCUCGCACAGCAUGGAGGAGUGUGAGGCUCUGUGCACCAGGAUGGCCAUCAUGGUGAACGGCAGGUUCCGCUGUCUGGGCAGCGUGCAGCACCUCAAGAACAGGUUCGGCGACGGCUACACCAUCAUCCUGCGGGUGGCGGGCCCGGACCCGGACCUGGCGCCGGUGAUGAAGUUCAUCGAGAGCGAGCUGGCCGGCAGCACGCUGAAGGAGAAGCACCGCAACAUGCUGCAGUACCAGCUGCCCUCCUCGCUCACCUCGCUCGCCCACAUCUUCUCCAUCCUGGCCAAGAACAAGGAGCUGCUGCAGAUCGAGGACUACUCCGUCACCCAGACCACGCUGGACCAGGUGUUUGUGAACUUCGCCAAGGACCAGAGUGAUGACUACCACUCUAAGGACAAUUCCGUGCGGAGGAAGGACGUGGCCAUAGACAUUCCCAUGCUCGGCGCCGGCCGGGCCGAGGCGACGGCGCCGGCGGCGGCGGCAGAGGAGGAGAAGCUGAAGGAGAGUUUGAUGUGAGGAGAGCGGCCCGCCGCCCGUCUCCCUGUAGUCUUCUUGUUUUAAUCGUCCCGUCGGCAGCGCCGCCCGCCGCGGCCCGGCCGCUCCGGGAAGCUCCAUGCACCUCAAUGCAAACGAUUCCCGGCGGCGGCUGCAGGACGAGCCGCCGCCCGCCGGCCGCCCAGGCGGCUCGGAGACAGAGUGUUAAACUUGAAUUACUGCCAUAAUUUUCAAGUGCUUUAGCCCCACAGCGCCGCACAGCGGUGAGUUUUGGUGGCGCUGCGAUAUAUAUUUUCUAUUUUGUGUAAUUCCAAGUGGUGCCUGCCAAUGAUAAGAGCAAUUCAGGGUCCGUUUCUUAUUCUGUCGUUUUGACUCAGAGACCAGAAUUACAUGAUGAAGAAUCGAAAUCAUUUCAACGGCCAAGGGCUGAACUGCAACGAAAUUUUUUUAAAUGUUUGAUUCUGUUUUACUGUGUAACUUUUAUUUAUAUGUGUAGAAGAUAUCAGAAACAUGUUAAUUGUCGUAUUAUUUCUGCCUGAGUCCAAGGCGGCAUUACUGCUCCGAGUGUUUUGCGUAGCACGUGGCAUUGUGUGGUGGACUCGGCCGCUCCUGCAACACUCCAAUCAAAAGUGCUCAAAAAAAAAGUGCGCACUAUGCAAAGUACUGUACACGUUAGGGAAAACAAAACAUAAAAAAAAAGAAAAAGAGGAAACAUUGAUUGAUUUUGUAGCUUUUAUAAGAAAAGAUGAAAAAAUAAGAUUUGUCUGGGUGUUAGUCCACUUUCUCACAGUUCUGCCAUGAAUACCUCAGCGACUCCCUGUGGCCUGACGGACAGAGAAACCUUCACACUACAGUAUUUCCACCGCCUCUGAACCGCCGCUACGACUCUGGGGGCCAAACCCGGGGGCCGGUGGGUUUUUCCGGGGCCUCCGGUGGAGCUGCUGGCUGCUCGCUGCCGUUGUGCAUUUUUGUUUCCGUUUCUUUUCGCCACACAAGACACAAACUUUUUGUAGGUGUUUCUGGUCCAAAUGACAUUUUCCGCUCCCUAUGCAAACUGUUUACCGUCAUAAAAAAAAAAAAACACUUUAAUCUACAAACGGAAACCAGAACGCUUCCGAUGCCAAAACCUAGUCCCCGGCCUGCAGAUUCUAUAUAGAUAUAUAUCGAUAUAUUUAUAGCGAGAGGGUGAUUACUAGUGCGGGAGAGAGAAAUCUUCUGGAAUAGGCUGAUAAAUGUUGAGUGCAAAUCAAAGUUUUCUGUCCUUAAAUGUAUUAAUUGGAGUACGGUGGCUGACGAGGCUCAGCCGCCGCGUGGCGAAGCUCAAAGUGUCUUCACGACGAGACCAAAGUGCUGUUUCCCCCCGUCGAGUUCCCGGACCCGGAGGCGAGUCCUUCGCGUCCCAAGCACUUUACUGCUGGUGUUAAUUGGAAUAGCUUCUUUUGCACUGAAAUUUUCCACAGAUUUUUAUGUAUGAUGAUGCGAUUGUUUGUCUUUUUUUUUUUUUCUUUGUCCUCUGAUCAACAAACUGAUCCUACCUAGAAAAUGUUCUUUAUUUAAUAGCUGUUUACAUUUUAAUGUGUAAAGAAAAAGGCUGUGGGAAGAACUGUUACUGUCCCUGUACAAUUCACAAUAAAACAGAACAAAUCGAAAA